UAGCCUCCAACAACACUAGUGCGCCCCAGUGCGUUCCCGGAGUUUGCCUGCGCUGCUCCAUGCCCUCACGCCGUUUUGGGACCUGAGUGCAGGCCAGAGCCUGAAUAUUCUUCCUUUUCUCAUCUAUCAGCCCCCCCUUUCCGGGUGCAGGUGGGCCUUGCCCCCUUUUCCCUCGCAGGUCCUGGUCGGAUGAAGAGUGCAUGUGAGGAGAGGGGCUGUGCUUAGGAACUUCUCUCGGCGCCCAGAGGACUGCUUUACACGCAGCAGACGCUCCAUAAUGGCAAGUACAUCGCCUCAACACAGCGACCUGACGGGACCUGGCGCAAGCAGAGGAGGGUGAAAGAAGGCUAUGUGCCCCAGGAGGAGGUCCCAGUGUGCGUGGUAUGAGAACAAGUAUGUGAAGUUUUUCAAGAGUAAACCAGAACUGCCUCCAGGGCUGAGCCCCGAGGCCACGGCUCCUGUCACCCCAACAAGGUCUGAAGGUGGUGAACCAGGCCUCUCUAAGACAGCCAAACGCAAUCUGAAGCGGAAGGAGAAAAGGCGGCAGCAGCAAGAGAAAGGGGAGGCAGAGGCCUUGAGCCGGACUCUCGAUAAGGUGUCUCUGGGAGAGACAGCCCAACUCCCCAGUGCUCCACAGAGCUGCCGGGCGGCCCCUCCAGCUGCCUCUGACCAGCCUGACUCAGCUGCCACCACCGAGAAGGCCAAGAAAAUAAAGAACCUAAAGAAGAAGCUUCGGCAGGUGGAAGAGCUGCAGCAACGGAUCCAGGCUGGGGACAUCAGCCAGCCCAGCAAAGAGCAGCUGGAGAAGCUAGCAAGGAGGAGGGCGCUGCAGGAGGAGCUAGAGGACUUGGAGCUAGGCCUGUGAGGCCUUUGGGAAUCAGGGGAUGGACUGCAGAACAAACCAUGGCGCUCUCGGGUCGCGGGGAAUGUGGGCAGCAGCAGUCAGGAGGGGUACCCCCCAUACUGGCUCACAUCCACCUCUCAUGGCCCAACUCGGCCCUCCAGAACUUAUCCUCUCCCUCAUUCCUUCCCUUUUCAUCCGAAUUCCUAUUUUUUGGACUUUUCCCCCCCCCCAUUCCCAGUGUUCAAAAAUCUCAGUAACUACCCUAGGUUCCUUUGCUGCUGAUUUGGGUGUCUUGUUCAAAAGAAAAUUGGGUGGGUGGGAAUCUUGGAGAACUGAGGUUGAGGGUAGGGGGCGUAUGCCCAAGUCUUGAGUCUUGGUUCCUGUUCAGUGUUUAUGGGUUAUUCCCCUCUCCCACUCUUGACCUUUUUUUAAAGAACAGAAUAAACAAGUAGACAAGUUGUCUAGCUUUGCCUCUUUUUUUUCAGCUUCUAGUAGGUGUUUUAUCUCACCUGAUAGGUGUUUGGCCCAGAAAGACAAGUUUUGGGAGUAAUAUUCUUUUUAAUUUUUAAAAGUUUCAAGUGUAUGACAAUUUUUAAAAGUUACAAGUGUAUGACCAAAUUAACAACACUGAUUUCUGUAUGUUUGCUCAGACUUCAGAGAACAGAAAUUAGUGUUACAAUAAAAUGAAACAGAACAAAUUUCAUUUGAUAUGUUUCAUGUGUUGUCAUCAUGCUGCAUAGCAGUGGGCCCUUUACUGCCCUGACUGUUUCUUUCUGAAGAUAAUAGACCUGCUUCACUGGGGCAGCUCAUCCGAAACUUUACCUUAUCAGAUGCCACCCCAAGAUGGCAUUGUGGGUCAACUAAUGAUACAGGAAGAGGAAUUUACAGCGAAAAAGAGCUGUCACUUAAUUUUUUCAUAUCCUCUUGAUUUCCACAGCCUCAACUAUCACAAUCUUUGUUUUCAGCCAGCCUCUAGUGUAGAAAUCAAUGGAAGGGGAAGUCAGGUGUAAUGAACUAUCUCAGGAGUUCAAAGUUCUUAACCCGAUUCAGAGUCCCACACAAUCUGGCCUUUUUUCUUGCCAUUCCUCAUCUCUGGUCAAACUCUGCUCCAACUAUACUGAACUAGUUUCAGUUCAUCAAAUGAGCCAUUCUCUCUGAGUCUCUGUCAUUUGCCAUUGCUGGUUCCUUUGCCUGGAUUCU